CCCCCAUAAAAAGGAAAGGAGAACAAGAAGAAGAAAAUUAGAAGCAUUGCUGCUGUUAAUUAUCGGGUUUACGGCCAACUUCACCACAUUUAGGCCUAACAUGACACUCUGCUGGUUCCGCUGAUGUUCCGGAUUUGGACUCCGGUUCGGACAGUUCUCAAGAGGUUCUGCAGCUCUUCAGACAUGCCGAACCCGAAAGGAAAGUUCUUCUACGCUGUCAGGAAGGGAAUCAAACCCGGAGUCUACAAGUCAUGGGAAGAGUGUAAGAUCCAGGUGGACAAGUUUCCAGCUGCAUUGUUUAAGAAGUUUGGAUCAGAACGAGACGCCUGGGCGUUCUUCAGAGGAGAAGACCCGUCUGCGGUUCCAGACCACAGCACAGGUGAGUCGGUCCAGACAGGGACCCGGCCUGGAGAGACAGACGUCUCUCUGCUCCCCAGACGGGGCCCAGAGCCGGUGGAGUGCAUCCCGCUAGGAAAGAAGAGGCCCCACCCAGAGGAGGGGGCGGAGCUUCAGCCUAAACGAGCAAAGCCAUCAGAGACCUCGUUAGCAGGAAGCAGUGAUGGGUUCACCUACAUGGGUGAUGCCGUGGUGGUGUACACCGACGGCUGCUGCUCAGCCAAUGGGCGUGAUCGGGCCCGGGCCGGGAUCGGGGUGUACUGGGGCCGGAACCACCCACUAAAUGUUGCAGAACGGCUGCAGGGGCGACAGACCAAUCAGAGAGCAGAGAUUCAGGUAAGACCCGCCCAUCACAUCCCGCCUCAGAAACACGGUCCAAUCAACAUGAGAACAGAGUGUGGCUUUAAAAACAACUGGAACCCGAUUUGUUAGGAUGAACUGGUUCUGAUCCAGUGCCCUCUAAUGGCUCAACUGAUGUAGUGCAGCAAAAUCCUUUUAUUUCUUCCUGUUUUGGGUUCCUGCCGUUAGUUUUAUUACCGUAUUUUCCAGUCUAUAAGGCACCUAAAAGCCUUAAAUUUUCUCAAAAAUCAGCAGUGCGCCUUAUAAUCCAGUGCGCCUUAUGUGUGCACUGAAUUCCAAAAUCUGUCCCUGACACAGAGAAGUAAAGUGUACAGUUCGGACGGCAGCAGCGAUAAACCAAUCAGUGAUUGUUGUCCGAGUUCUGCAGCAUAGCCUCGGUAAAAACCAGAUCGGUUUUUCCACGCAUCACCGUCCCUGUUCAUCUGCGACUCCAUGCGCGCCCAUCUCACUGCUACUGUGAAAAAGGAAGUGAAGCAAACUAAUUCGGAGUUUGCCGUCAUUCCGGGAGGAUUAA